AUGAAAUUCUAUCUUUUCGAACUUUUGGUUCUCAUUGUUUCUGUAUUUGUCCUCGUCAACGCAAUUCCAGCUCCAAAAGCUCCAAAGGUUCCAAAGGCUACAAACGCUAACCAGACCAGCUCCAGCACCAACUCUACAGCAACAUGCUUUCAAAAACAAAACGGGUUAGAUGCGGAGGCUCUUCAAAAAAAAUUUGCCACUUUCACCACAAGUACUCCAUGUAAUACUGGUGAUACUGCUUGUAUUAAUGGUCAAUUCGCUCAAUGUACCAAUAAAAACAAUUGGGCUCUUCAACCGUGUAGCGGUGGUUUGACAUGUUGUGCACUUCCCCUUGUGAAUAAACCGGGUACUUCGAUCACUUGCGAUUCCAAGGCAGAUCAAGAUGCAAGAAUCAAUGCUGCAAAGAAUGCCUGUUAG